UCACUCAAAAAUCACAACAAUGGGAAACUGUUUCCGGAAGGCGAGUAAUAACAAGAUUAAUGAGCAUCGUCAUGCUACUAAUUCCAAUAAUAAUAAUAAUAAACCACCUGCAGAAAGUAGGAAGGAGAAGGGAGUGAUGAAGAAGGUGACGCCGAAUCUGAGAAUAUUUACAUUGGAUGAGCUGAAAACUGCGACAAGGAAUUUCAGACCGGACACUAUGUUAGGUGAGGGUGGUUUUGGUCGCGUCUUUAAAGGAUGGAUUGACCAAAAUACCCUCAAGCCUUCCAAAGUCGGAGUUGGAAUUCCGGUUGCCGUUAAGAAGUCUAACCCCGACAGCCUCCAAGGCCUCCAAGAAUGGCAGAGUGAGGUGAAAUUCUUGGGGAAGUUUUCUCAUCCAAACCUGGUUAAACUAGUUGGAUAUUGUUGGGAGGAGAAUCAAUUCUUGCUAGUAUACGAAUACAUGCAAAAGGGCAGCUUGGAAAACCACCUCUUCAGAAGCCCAGAACCGCUUUCAUGGGAUAUAAGGGUGAAGAUAGCCAUUGGAGCUGCGAGAGGCUUGGAUUUCUUACACACGUCAGAGAAAUCUGUAAUCUAUAGAGACUUCAAGUCCUCUAAUAUUCUUCUUGACGGGGAUUACAACGCAAAGCUGUCGGACUUUGGAUUGGCAAAGCUUGGCCCAGUUAACGGCAGAUCCCAUGUAACCACACGUGUCAUGGGAACCUACGGUUAUGCCGCCCCUGAGUAUAUGGCAACAGGUCAUUUGUACGUAAAAAGUGAUGUAUACGGAUUUGGCGUAGUCCUACUAGAAAUGUUAACAGGCCUAAUUGCUUUGGACACAAAUAGGCCCUCAGGUCAACAGAAUUUAGUAGAGUGGGUUAAGCCCUCUCUUUACGAGAAAAGGAAAUUAAAAAAUAGAAUGGAUCCAAAUUUGAGUGAACAAUAUCCCAAAAAAGCUGCUUUUGAGAUAGCACAGCUUAUAUUACAAUGCUUGGAAGAAGAUCCAAAGAACCGACCAUCCAUGGAACAAGUCUUACAAACAUUAGAGAAGGUACAAAGCAUAAGAUAUAAACCCAAAGUGAAGAAAGACAGUGGCAUAAUGCAUCAUCAACAACGUCAUCACUCUCCUUCCCCUCAAAAUUAGUUGUUUCUCCUCCAUCAAUUCCAAUUUGUUGGAUACUUGUUUUCAAAUUUUCACACUAAUUUGUGCAGUAUGCUGCUCACUCAUAUGUAUAAUUUUCCCAGAACUAAUUUUUGGAUUAUCCAAUGGAAUAGCAAAACGGGCUAACAACAUACUUGACUGGA